AUGGACGACCUGCUUGGUUGGCGGAAGAAAUCAAGGAAUUGGCCUCUAGUACGAACGGCAUCAACUACGUCGCGAAAAUUACCGCUGACAGCUGCCGUCGUUACACACCCCGUAACCAGGGACGAGUUAGAUGUGUUACCACCCAAACGUGUGCAGAUACCACCCAACAGUGUGCAGCUACCACCUAACAGUGUGGAGCUACCACCAAACAAUGUGCAGCUACCACCCAACAGGGUGCAGUUACCACCACCCAACACUGUACAGUUAACACCCAACAGUGAACAGUUACCACCCAAAAGUGUACAGGUACCACCCAGCAGUGUGCAGCUACCACCCGACAGUGUGCAGCUACCACCAAACAAUGUGCAGCUACCAUCCGACAGUGUGCAGCUACCACCCGACAGUGUGCAGCUACCACCAAACAAUGUGCAGAUACAAUCCGACAGUGAGCAGCUACCACCCGACAGUGUGCAGCUAUCACCCAACCGUGUGAAGCUACCAUCCGACAGUGUGCAGCUACCACCCAUCAGUGUACAGCUACCACACAACAGUGUGCAGCUACCACCCAGCAGUGUACAGUUAACACCCAACAGUGAACAGUUACCACCCAAAAGUGUGCAGUUACCACCCAGCAGUGUGCAGUUACCCCAACAGUGUGCUGUUACCCAACAAUGUGCAGUUACCACCCAGCAGUGUGCAGCUACAUUCAAGAGUGUGCACUUAAAACCCAACAGUGUUCAGUUACCACCCAAAACUGUGCAACUACCACACAUCCAAGUUACCACAUACCCAAAAGUGUGCAGCUACCACACAUCCAAAAGUGUGCAGUUGCCACCCAUCAGUGUGCAGUUACCCCAACAGUUUGCUGUUACCCAACAGUGUGCAGUCACCUCAAAGAGUGUGCAGCUACACCCAAGAGUGUGCACUUACUACCAAACGGUGUGCAGUUACCACCAAAAAAUGUGCAGCUACCUCCCAGCACAGUGCAGUUACCACACAUCCAAAAGUGUGCAGUUACCACACACCCAACAGUGUGCAGUUACAACCCAAAAGCGUGCAGCUACCACCCCACAGCGUACAGCUACCACCCAGCAGUGUGCAGCUACCACCCAUUACCACACACCUGCUACCCAACAUCAAACCUUAAUACACACCCAAUGUCCCACAGUGUCUUCGUACAACUGCGCAAACAGCAUUAAUCAGUUUCCACACCUUAUUAAACAAUGA